GUAACAGAGGAACCACAGCUGGGAGCUCGGGAGAUGCGCUCGGGAAGGCACUAGCUUCAAGGCUGGGAGAGUUCGUCCUUGGUUGUGUCUCCCGUGGGAGGAGCGCAGGAGUGGUGGCCGGCACAUCGCAGUGGUCGCGAGGAAGCGGACGGGGAGCCUUAUCUCCCAGCUACGAAGGGAGCCUCCACACUUUACAAAACAAAAUGGAAGACAGGUUGGACGAAGGCAUCCACGUGCUGAGGAAUCACGCCGUUGCACAGUUCCCGGGGCUGGGGCCGGAGGAGGUGGGAGGAGGUCACCCCGAAGACGGGUUGUCCAGCAACCCCGGCAUGCUCCACAACCACGUCGCACUGCCGUCACAGCCCAGCUCGCUCCCCGACCUCAGCAGGCAGCAAGACACGUACAGCGGCUUGUCAGGGGGGCUGGGGCGAAGCAGCGUCUCCUCGGGAAACAGGGAAAUAAAGAGGGAAGAGAAGGAGGACGAAGAGAACACGUCGGUGGCGGAUAACUCGGAAGAGGAGAAGAAGGAGCUGAAACCCUCCCGGAACAGAACAAGUACAGACGAGGCCUUGUCACUGGAGGACAAAGAUCUGAGGGACCGGGAGAGGAGAAUGGCCAAUAACGCCAGGGAGAGGGUGCGUGUGCGGGACAUUAACGAGGCCUUUAAAGAACUGGGACGCAUGUGUCAGAUGCACUUAAAAACGGACAAAGCACAGACCAAACUGAUCAUCCUACAGCAAGCGGUGCAGGUCAUUCUGGGCCUGGAGCAGCAAGUACGAGAGCGCAAUCUGAACCCUAAAGCAGCCUGCUUGAAGCGUCGGGAAGAGGAGAAAGUGUCCGGAGUGGUAGGAGAUCCCCAGAUGACCCUUACAGCUUCACAUCCUGGUCUAGGAGAUGGUCACAACCCUGUCGGACACAUGUAAAGAUCUUUUUGUUCCUCUGGAUACAGAGAUCUGUAGGAAGAAAACCCUCGGUGCGACCUGCAACCUUCUCGAACCAUAGACUUUAGUACUGCUAAUACUGACAGAUGUGGACGGAUCCUGGCAUGACGUAAGGGGUGGAAAAAACACUUUGUCAAAAACAAAACAAAAACAAAAAAAUUGCCUUAAGUAUAAAGUGCGGAACAGUCAAUACAUAUCACUCAGUUAGGAGGGGGUGGCGUGUUCUCUUGGCUUGUUCACAAGCAGCCAGCAGCAAAAUUGUGUUUAAGCUUGAUAUUUCUUUUUU